AUGGGACCCCUCCCAGUUCACCUUUCCCCACUCCUCUUCCUCCUCCUCUCCUUCCUCCUCCUGGCCCAGCCCUGCGCCUCCAUCAGGCCCCAGGUUGUGGAGCGAGCAUCAGCCCCUGAGCAGCCUCAGCCCUCUGGUAACACUACAGGCUCUGGCAAGCGGACAUGUCCUGGCAUUGUGGUGUGUAGACCUGGAAUCCUGCUGCCAGUGUGGAUGCCACUCAACCCUCCGCUGGGGGAGCAGGCAGGGAGGGCCAUUGUCUACUUCCUGUGUCUCAUGUACAUCUUCAUGGGUGUGUCCAUCAUCGCAGAUCGCUUCAUGGCAUCCAUAGAAGUCAUCACCUCUCAGGAGAAAGAGGUGACCAUCACUAAACCCAACGGGGAAACGACAACAACAACAGUGAGAAUCUGGAAUGAGACAGUGUCCAACCUCACCCUGAUGGCCCUGGGCUCCUCAGCGCCUGAGAUCCUGCUCUCUGUUAUUGAGGUGUGUGGUCACAACUUUCAUGCAGGAGAGCUGGGCCCUAGCACCAUAGUGGGCAGCGCUGCCUUCAAUAUGUUUGUGAUAAUUGGUCUGUGUGUGUGGGUGAUCCCUCACGGAGAGUCUCGCAAGAUCAAACACCUGCGAGUGUUUUUCAUCACAGCUUUUUGGAGUAUUUUUGCCUACAUUUGGCUCUACCUCAUACUGGCUGUCAUCUCACCUGGGAUUGUAGAGGUGUGGGAGGCCGUAGUGACGCUGCUUUAUUUUCCGGUGUGUGUGAUCUUGGCUUGGAUCGCUGACCGUCGCCUGCUCUUCUACAAAUACAUGCACAAGCGUUACCGUGCCGACAAGAGGCAUGGCAUUGUGGUGGAGAUGGAAGGGGACCUUGCACCCAAAGGCAUUGAUGUGAUCAUGGAUGGAAAGCUGUCAGACGGAACUUCGUGCCCUGGAAACUCCUCCAGUGUGACCGUCUCUGUGCAAACAGGCAAUGAACUGGACCAGAACAAAGAUGAGGUGGUCCGCAUCCUGAAAGACCUGAAGGAGAAACACCCAGACAAAGACCUGGACCAGCUGAUUGAGAUGGCCAACUACUCCGCCCUAGUCCACCAGAAGAAGAGCCGCGCCUUCUAUCGUGUGCAGGCGACACGCAUGAUGAUUGGUGCCGGCAACAUAUUGAGGAAGCACGCUGCCGAGCACUCCCGUCGCUCAGGAGGACAGGAGGAUGACAAGGCCACAUGCUCACACAUUGCUUUUGAAAGUGCCCAGUAUCAAUGCACAGAGAACUGUGUCUCGCUGAGCCUCGGGGUGAUCCUCGAGGGGGGCACAGGCCAGAACACUUUCUAUGUGGACUACUGUACAGAAAAUGGCUCAGCUAAUGCUGGAGCAGACUAUGAAUUCACCAAGGGAACCCUGGUAUUUAAGCCAGGCGAGAGCCGCAAAGAGAUCAAGGUGAACAUCUUGGAUGAUGACAUCUUUGAGGAGGAUGAACAUUUCUUUGUGCGUCUUCAGAAUCUGAGGUUAGAAGAAGGUGGUAAUGAAGGGACAGGAACUCCACCAACGGGUAGACUAGUGGAGCCAGUGGUUGCUACUAUCACCAUCUUGGAUGAUGACCAUGCUGGCAUCUUCACCUUCGGCCAGCGUGUGAUGCGGGUGAGUGAGAGCACCGGCACGCUGGCGGUGACAGUAGUGAGGAACUCCGGCUCCAGGGGCACCGUCGCUGUGCCGUACCACACAGAAGACGGCAGUGCCAAGGCUGGGGUGGACUACGAGGAGGCCAGAGGAGAGCUGGAAUUCACCAAUGAACGUACCAGUCAGAUCCUACAAGUGCACAUUAUAAAUGUGGAGGAGUAUGAGAAGCAGGAAAACUUCUUCAUUGUGCUUGAGGACCCCAAAUGGCUGAAGCGAGGAAUCUCUGGUAACCCCACCCCUGAGGAGGAAGAGGCCCGGAGGAUCUCUGAGAUGGGCAAACCCAUUCUAGGAGAACACAGCAGGCUGGAGGUCAUCAUAGAGGAGUCCUGUGAGUUCAAGAACACAGUGGACAAACUCCUGAAGGACACAAAUCUGGCCGUAGUGCUUGGGACUCACUCAUGGAGAGAGCAGUUCAUUGAAGCUGUCACAGUCAGUGCAGGUGAUGAGGAGGAGGGUCAGGAGCAGCGAAUGCCGAACUGCUUCGACUAUUUCAUGCACAUAAUGUGCGUUUUCUGGAAGAUUCUGUUUGCUUUCGUCCCUCCCACGGAGUACUGGAAUGGCUGGGCAUGCUUCAUAGUGUCAAUCUCUGUCAUUGGUAUACUAACAGCCAUUAUUGGAGACCUAGCUUCUCAUUUUGGCUGCACCGUUGGCCUGAGAGACACUGUCACUGCGGUGGUCUUUGUAGCACUGGGGACUUCACUGCCUGAUACCUUUGCCAGUAAAGUAGCUGCCACUCAGGACCAGUACGCGGAUGCAUGUAUAGGAAAUGUGACAGGAAGCAACGCCGUGAAUGUGUUUUUGGGCAUCGGGGUGGCCUGGUCCGUGGCUGCCAUAUAUUGGCAGGUCAAAGGUAAGGUCUUCCGUGUUGACCCGGGCUCACUGGCCUUCUCCGUCACACUCUUCACCAUCUUUGCCUUCCUCUCUAUGGGAGUGUUGAUGCUACGCCGGAGGCCGUCCAUAGGCGGCGAACUUGGUGGCCCGCGGGUGGCCAGAGUCCUCACUUCGCUUCUUUUCUUUGGACUCUGGUUCCUCUACAUCCUCUUUUCCAGCCUGGAGGCCUACUGCCAUAUACAGGGCUUCUGAGAGAGCACAGCUGGGGAGAGUAAUGACACACCACACGGACAUUCACCUGUACAGUCACUGUACUAUCACUGCGAUGAUCAUCACUUGACAACUGCUGCCAUGGUUCAUAAAACAAAUGUAUACACACCACAGACUCGCAAAUGCAAAUCUGUAAGUCACAUACACUGCAGGACGGUUCCAGUCAGCAGAAUUUAUUGUGACAGCCCUGAUUCAUUUCUUCUUAAGAGGACUAAACAACAUGCAGUGACUGUUUUUGAUGGUGGAGAGCAAGGCAGGUCAGCGUGUACUCUGUGAAGUCACUUUGCUUGAUACUGGCUUGGUGCCUGAUGGCUCCUAACUGGAUUUCAAGUUUUGUCUUGUUUCUCCUCACGCUUAUAUAGGAUGCACUGAAAAAAAGGUGUGUCUAAAAACAAGAUAAAAACACUAAAUCUGAGGGAAAUGAUCUUGCUGCAUGGACAGAUAAUUUCACUUGACAAGAUUUCUUAAAUUAAGAUGAUUAAAUCUAGAAAUAAGCAUGUUGAACACUUAAAAUAAGAAAUUAACUCUUAAAACAAGAUAAAUUAUCUAACACUUCUAAAUCUAAAGUUUUUUUUAAUCUUGGUUAGAAACAAAUAAUUUGCAGUGUGGGUCAGAUUAAACUGCCUGAACUAGUAAUUGAAUAAGACAUACAAUUACAGAUGUGCAAUAUAAGGACACCUCUGAGUAUAUCAUCAUGCAAACUGUCAUUCAAGUUUGUUGUCAGUAAGCAACCAGUUAGAUUCAUCUGUAACGCAGCUCAAAGCAAAACUGCUUCUGCUAUGGUAGCCUCCAGUUUUGUGCACAGAUUUUGAACAAUAGUAAUAAAACUGUUGACUGGAAGUGUUUGAGUUGUCUUGGUGUACGACGUUGAAUGGAAGUGCCAGCCAGCCAAUCAGAAGUGUUUUCUGCGGCCGUGGUAUAAACAAACUGAGCACAGCUUGGUGACAGUCUGCUGUUGUGUAAUGUCUCACACUGAUUGUGUUUCUCUGUUAUGUCACAUGAGGCAUUGUUUAGUGUAAUGUAAUGCAACUUCUGAAUUCAAUCUCAUAUAUGUAUUGAUUAUAGUAACAACCAGAAAGGCUAUAACCCAAUAUUAAAAUGUAUAACAGACAAGGAAUUACACAGGCAAGGAAUUUAUAAUAAGACUUGAAAUGAAAAAAAAUUACCUAGUAUCUGCCAUUGAGUGUGAUUGUUUGAAAGUGAUGAUUCAUUCACCCCUAAAGUCUUAUCUGUUUAUUUAUCAAUGGUGUAAUGUUAAUGUCUUUGUAAUUUAUGUAAUGUAUUUAAGCUGACAUGGACAGAAAUAUAUUGUAAUUUAUUGUAAGCUGUCAUAAUUACAUUGACAUUUUGAAAUUUUAAUGUGUGUCUCCUUUGGAUCAACCACACAGUUUGUGUAAGUAUUACUUUAUUAUUAGUACAGAAGAAGACAGAUUGUCUAGGAUUUGAAGCAAUGUCCAGACUUUUGUGGAGGCAAUAUGAUUU